GCAAACCGAAAGCACGCAGACAUUCACCGUUCCCAGAGCUCCUCCGCCAGCCACUUAUUCUCAGUACUAGUCCUUUGCUUACCUAGUCUUCGCACUUCGCAGAGCAUGGGUCACAACAACAAGACCAGGCGGUUCAAAAAUCACCCUUCCCAUAGGGCGCAAUCCAGCAGGACCCAUCAACUUCCACGGGAGGACGAGUCUCUUCCAUCUGAUCAAGUUGCAGCAGCUGAAGAGGAGCCUGCAGGUCCGAAAAUCCAACUUGCUAUGUGGGAUUUCGGACAAUGUGAUGCAAAAAGGUGCACAGGAAGGAAGCUUUCAAGAUUCGGCCUACUAAAAGAGUUGCGCGUGAGUAAUGGUUUUGGGGGCGUUGUUUUAAGUCCGGUUGGUACACAAUGUGUCUCAAAAGAAGAUCAUAGCUUAAUGAAGAGGAAAGGAUUAGCUGUUGUGGAUUGCUCAUGGGCCCGCUUGGGUGACGUACCUUUUGUGAAGCUGCGUUGUGCUGCUCCUCGUCUCUUGCCAUGGCUGGUAGCAGCAAAUCCAGUGAAUUAUGGUAGACCAUGUGAACUAUCUUGUGUAGAGGCAUUAUCUGCAGCUUUACUCAUAUGUGGGGAAGAGGAAACUGCAAAUCUGUUGCUUGGCAAGUUCAAGUGGGGUCAUGCUUUCCUAUCCCUCAACAGGGAACUUCUAAAGGCAUACUCUGACUGUGAAAAUAGUGCUGAUAUCAUUUCAACUCAAAAUGCUUGGCUUUCCCAACAACGCCAGGCUCCGAAGGUUCCCCCAGAAGUAGAAGGAACAGACAACUCUUCUGAUUCCGACGACGGGCUUCCACCACUUGAAAAGAAUAUGAACCAUCUGAACUUGCGGGAAAGCGAGGAAGAAAGUGAUGAAGAAAAUGAGUAGGUAGAAUAUUACUAUAUUUAACAGUUGCACGGUGAGGCAGAAAUGAAAGGAUGCAAAACUAGUGGCUGCAAUGAGCAGCUCUGUACAAAUGCCCGAUCACAAAAAAUAAAAAAUAAAAAAAAUUUCCCUGAAGAGAUGCCUGCCGGAAACCAUGCACUAAUACAUGAGGUUUGACUUAUGCUCUGGCUUUUAAUCAUAGUUAUUAUGCUAACCAAAAGAAAGAGCAAAAACUGCUUUUAAGUUACAUUUGUUUAGUGCAUUUCAGACUUUCAGUGGAGGGCUUGUUUUCCUGCAUAAUUAUUAGAUUAUCAGUUACUACUUCAAACGCUUGCUUCAUCCAAUUAAAGGUAUGCAAGGCAACAGCCUUGUCAGGAUGCAAUGGUAUGUUGCUCUUACCUAUA